CUCUCUAGGAGUUGCAACUCCGGAUACGUGCGUGGUCCGGUGGACCCAAAGCGAAAAAGCGAAAGCAGAACUCUGGCAAAGGACUAUGUCGACCGUAGUAGCCCAGGCGCUGCAUGUUUUUGGCUUCCGAUCUCACGUGGCCAACAAUAUCUUCUUCUUCGAUGAGCAAAUCAUUAUCUUCCCUUCAGGAAACCACUGCGUGAAGUACAAUGUGGAUCAGAAAUGGCAAAAAUUCAUCCCAGGUUCAGACAAGAGUCAGGGCAUGCUGGCCUUGUCCAUCAGUCCCAAUCGCCGAUACCUCGCUAUCUCUGAGACUGUGCAAGAUAGACCCAUAAUCACCAUUUAUGAACUGUCAUCUGUUCCUUGCCGGAAGCGCAAAGUCCUGAGUAAUUUUGACUUCCCAGCUCAGAAAUUCAUUAGCAUGUCUUUUUCUCCAGACUCCAAAUACCUAUUGACUCAGUCAUCACCUCCAGAGUCAAAUCUGGUCUAUUGGCUAUGGGAAAAGCAGAAAGUAAUGGCCAUAAUUAAAAGUGACCUUCAGAACAAUCCUAUCUACCAGGUGAGCAUCAAUCCCCAGGAUAACACUCAGAUUUGUGUCACUGGAAACGGGAUGUUUAAGCUUCUCCGUUUUACUGAGGGGACACUAAAGCAAACCAAUUUUCAGAGAGGAGAACCCCAAAACUAUCUAGCCCAUGCCUGGAUAGCUGAAGAAAAGAUCAUUGUUGGCACUGACACAGGCAAGCUGUUACUCUUUGAGUCUGGAGAUCAGCGCUGGGAAACGAGCAUAAUGGUCAAGGACACUGAUGAUGGCUCAAAGAGCCUGGAGAUCAUCCAUGAAUCAGAGAGCCUGAUUGAAUUUCCACCAAUCAGUUCCCCAGUCCCUUCCUUUGAACAGGUCACCACAACCGCUAGCCACAAUCAGCUGCCCAUGCCCCAAGUGUUUGCCAUUGCAACCUAUUCGAAGGGAUUUGCUUGCUCUGCUGGGCCAGGAAGAGUUCUGCUGUUUGAGAAGGUGGAAGAGAAAGACUCUUACCGGGAGAGCAGGGAAAUCCGGAUUCCUAUAGACCCACAGAGCAAUGAUCCAAGUCAGUCAGACAAACAAGACAUUCUGUGCAUGUGCUUCAGCCCCUCAGAAGAAACUCUGAUAGCCAGCACCGGCAAGAACCAGCUCUACAGCAUCACCAUGUCCCUGACCGAAAUCAGCAAAGGGGAGCCUGCUCACUUCGAGUACCUAAUGUACCCAUUACACUCAGCAUCCAUUACAAGUCUGUCUACCUGCAUCCGCAAACCCCUCAUUGCCACCUGUUCCCUGGAUCGAUCCGUUCGCAUCUGGAACUAUGAAUCAAAUACUCUGGAACUAUUUAAGGAAUACCAAGAAGAGGCCUAUACAAUCAGCCUUCACCCUUCUGGGCACUUCAUUGUAGUAGGGUUUGCUGACAAACUUCGCCUUAUGAAUCUACUCAUUGAUGAUAUACGAUCUUUCAAAGAAUACUCUGUGAGAGGAUGCAAAGAGUGUGCCUUUAGCAAUGGAGGUCACCUGUUUGCUGCAGUCAGUGGAAAUGUCAUUCACAUUUUUACCACCACGAGCCUAGAGAACAUCACAAACCUGAAAGGACACACAGGGAAGAUUCGGUCUGUUGUAUGGAAUACAGAUGACAGCAAGCUGAUUUCUGCUGGCACAGAUGGUGCUGUGUAUGAAUGGAAUCUGUCUACAGGAAAGAGAGAGACAGAAUGCGUGCUCAAGUCCUGCAGCUACAACUCUGUGACCAUCUCCCCUGAUGGCAAAAUUAUCUUUGCUGUUGGAUCAGACCAGACCCUCAAGGAGAUUGCAGAUUCUUCGGUCCUUCGAGAAAUGUCAGCAUUUGACGUCAUCUACACAGCUAUUAUCAUCUCACAUUCCGGGCGCAUGAUGUUUGUGGGUACCUCAGUGGGAACCAUCCGUGCCAUGAAGUAUCCUCUGCCUGUGCAGAAAGAAUUCAACGAGUAUCAGGCACAUGCUGGCCCUAUCACCAAGAUGUCGCUGACCUUUGAUGAUCAAUUCCUGCUGACAGUUGCAGAGGACGGCUGCCUGUUCACUUGGAAGGUCUAUGAUAAGGACGGCCGGGGAAUCAAGCGAGAGAGGGAGGUGGGCUUUGCUGAAGAGGUGCUCGUGACUAAAACAGACAUGGAGGAGAAGGCUCAGGUUAUGUUGGAGCUAAAGACCCGUGUAGAAGAGUUAAAAAUGGAGAAUGAGUAUCAACUUAGACUAAAGGACAUGAAUUAUUCUGAGAAAAUUAAGGAUCUCACAGACAAGUUCAUUCAGGAAAUGGAGUCCUUAAAAACUAAAAACCAGGUUUUGAAAACAGAAAAAGAAAGACAGGAUAUAGCUCACCAUGAGUAUAUCGACGAACUCCUAGACAAACAAAGCCGGGAACUGCAAGACCUGGAAUGUUGCAACAACCAGAAGUUGCUUCUAGAAUAUGAGAAGUACCAGGAACUGCAGCUCAAGUCCCAGAGGAUGCAGGAGGAAUAUGAAAAACAACUCCGAGACAAUGAUGAGACCAAGAGCCAAGCCCUGGAGGAGCUGACCGAGUUUUAUGAGGCCAAGCUGCAGGAGAAAACCAGUCUUCUGGAAGAGGCACAAGAAGAUGUCAGGCAACAGCUGCGGGAGUUUGAAGAGACCAAGAAACAGAUCGAAGAAGAUGAAGACAGAGAAAUCCAGGACAUCAAAACCAAGUAUGAGAAAAAGCUUCGGGAUGAAAAGGAAUCCAACUUGAGGCUCAAAGGAGAAACAGGCAUCAUGAGGAAGAAGUUCAGCAGCCUCCAGAAGGAGAUCGAAGAGCGAACCAAUGACAUUGAACUUCUCAAGGCAGAACAGGUGAAACUGCAAGGAGUCAUCAAGUCUCUGGAGAAGGACAUGCUAGGCCUCAAACGAGAGAUCCAGGAAAGGGAUGAGACGAUCCAAGACAAGGAAAAGCGAAUUUAUGACCUGAAAAAGAAAAACCAAGAACUAGAAAAAUUCAAGUUUGUGCUCGACUACAAAAUAAAGGAACUUAAGAAACAAAUAGAACCUCGGGAGAAUGAGAUCAAGGUGAUGAAGGAACAGAUUCAAGAGAUGGAAAGCGAGCUGGAGCGUUUCCAUAAACAGAACACACAACUGGAGCUGAACAUCACAGAACUGUGGCAGAAACUGAGAGCCACCGACCAAGAGAUGCGCAAGGAGCAACAGAAGGAGCGGGACUUGGAAGCGCUGGUCAGACAGUUUAAGACAGACCUCCACAACUGCGUGGCAUAUAUCCAGGAGCCCCGCUUGCUGAAGGAGAAGAUCCGGGGUCUCUUUGAGAAGUACGUGCAGCGGGCAGACAUGGUGGAGAUUGCUGGGCUCAACUCAGACCUGCAGCAGGAGUACGCCCGCCAGCGGGAGCAUCUCGAGAGGAACCUGGCCACGCUCAAGAAGAAGGUGGUCAAGGAGAGCGAGCUGCACCGCAGCGACUACGUCCGCAUCAUGCAGGAAAAUGUCUCUCUGAUCAAAGAAAUUAAUGAGCUCCGCAGGGAGCUGAAGUUGACCCGCUCUCAAGUCUAUGACCUGGAAGCAGCUUUGAAACUGACCAGGAAAAUGAGACCACAAGAACCCCCAGAGAUAGCACCCACCAUGGACAAGGCCCCUGUCUCUCCUACCAUGAGAUUGAAUGAGCAAGAAGAAACCGAGAGAAUCAUCGAAAUGCAACGCCUAGAAAUCCGGCGCCUUAGAGACCAGAUACAAGAACAAGAGCAGAUCCCAGGGUUCCACACCAUUGCUGGGAUCCGGCUCCCUUCCCUCAUUGAUUCAGAGGUAGAUUUUGAAGUGCAUGCCAAGUGACUCUUCUGGGAAGCCAUUUCCAGCCACA